CUCUUUCCGCCUCGUGUGUUCCAGACAGUGGGAGCAGCAGCGUGGUGUUGGAAGGCUCUCGUUGGAGAGAGCACAGAAAGUGUAGAAAACUACUGAGCUGCUGCCAAGAUGCUCGUGUUAUUUGAGACCGCUGCGGGCUAUGCGAUAUUUAAAGUCCUCGAUGAAUCAAAAUUGCAACAGGUGGACAGUCUGUAUAAGGAGUUUGAAACUCCUGAAAAAGCCCACAAAAUUGUGAAGCUGAAACACUUUGAGAAGUUCCAGGACACAACAGAGGCCUUAGCAGCUGCCACUGCCCUCGUUGAGGGAAAAAUUGGUAAGAGUUUGAAGAAAGUCCUGAAGAAAGUUGUUGCCAAGGAAGCUCACGAACAGCUCGCCAUCAGCGAUGCAAAACUUGGUGGAGUUAUAAAAGACAAGUUGGAUCUGAGCUGUGUGCACAGUCCUGCUGUGGCUGAACUGAUGAGAUGCAUCAGGGGUCAGAUGGAGAGCCUCAUCACCGGACUUCCUCCCAGGGAGAUCAGCGCCAUGUCUCUGGGGCUGGCUCACAGUUUAUCCCGCUACAAGCUCAAGUUCAGUCCAGACAAAGUGGACACGAUGAUCGUGCAGGCGAUUUCUCUUCUGGAUGACUUGGACAAGGAGCUGAACAACUACAUCAUGCGCUGCAGAGAGUGGUACGGCUGGCACUUCCCUGAACUAGGAAAAGUCAUCACAGACAACUUGGCCUACUGCAAGAGUGUGCGCAAAAUAGGUGAUCGCACAAAGGUGGCGGGCUCCGAUCUGUCAGACAUACUCCCUGAGGAAAUCGAGGCUGAGGUUAAGCUGGCUGCAGAGAUCUCCAUGGGAACGGAAGUGUCGGAGCAGGACAUCGGCAACAUCAGACACCUUUGUGAUCAGGUGAUUGAGAUUUCAGAAUACCGCGCUCAGCUCUAUGACUACCUGAAGAAUCGGAUGAUGGCAAUCGCCCCCAACCUGACAGUCAUGGUGGGAGAGCUGGUUGGUGCUCGUCUCAUCUCACAUGCCGGUUCCCUCCUAAAUCUGGCAAAGCACCCAGCCUCCACAGUGCAGAUCCUCGGAGCAGAGAAGGCUCUGUUUAGAGCCCUAAAGACCCGUAAAGACACACCCAAGUACGGUCUCAUAUACCACGCCUCUCUGGUGGGCCAGACCACUGCCAAGAAUAAGGGCAAGAUCUCCAGAAUGCUGGCAGCUAAAGCAGCCCUGGCUAUUCGCUACGAUGCCCUCGGAGAAGACACAAACGCGGAAAUGGGAGCAGAGAACCGUGCCAAGCUGGAGGCCAGACUGCGCCAGCUGGAGGAGAAGGGAAUCCGAAGAAUCAGUGGAACGGGUAAAGGGAUGGCAAAGACGGACAAAUACCAACACAAGAGUGAAGUGAGAAUUUACGAUCCAUCCGGUGAUUCGACGAUUCCCUCCACCUCAAAGAAGAGGAAGUUUGAGGAGGUAGAGGAAGAGGAGGCUGCAGAUGAGCCUGCAACACCGGCGGUCAAAUCCAAAAAGCCAAAAAAGGAGCAAGUAACAGAAGAAGCAGAAACAGAACCAGCAGAGGAGACGCCCAAGAAGAAGAAGAAGAAAAAGAAGGACAAGAAAGCAGAGGAAGAAGCUGAACAACCAAAGGAAGAGGAGGAGGAGGUAGCGGUAACUGAGUCAACAAAGAAAAAGAAGAAAAAAAAGAAGGUGAAGGAGGAAGAAGACGAUGACUGAAAAGAUUAAAGAGUGUAUAUAUUUUUGUUUUAAUUUUCAUGCCUAAUCGGUUUUUGUCAUGCAUUUAUAUCUUAUAAGCGCAACACUUUAUUUAGUGCCUGUUUCUGGACAUCUGAAAAGAAGCUCAUGUUAAACAACAAACUCAUUUUAUAGCUGAGUGAGGAGAUUCUUCUCCACUCUUAAAAUGAGUCAAAAUUGUAAAUCAUUUUUUCCUGUUUGUAGUUAAACAGUUUUUAUGUUUGUCUUUAUUUGUGAAGAUGUACGUAUAAGAUUUCCCACAGAGCAUGGAGCUGUAAGAACAGAUUUCUCUUUUGAUAAACCUUUUUAUUGGCCGAGACUGUGAAUAUCUGCCGUGGUGAAAUAAAACAUUUUUUGCUGA